UUCACAGAGAUGGAGUUUCUGCAGAAUCAUCACGCGGUUAACACCUCCGAGUCGCCGUAUACCCUCGGCACAGGUUCCGUGGAUAGCAUCGAGGCAACUAUUUCAUCUAGCUUCUGUUCUGGAUCAUUAGGGGUGCUUUCGGGUGACGACGCUCUAUCAACUGAUAAUCAAAACGAAGAGGCAGCUGCCCUUGGCGCUGCUCUGCAGGGCACACUGCGCUUGCAGGACCUGCAGAGUUCGCCAACUAAUAUCGGUGUUGACCAGAACCAACAAUUUCCAACUUCUAGUCAGGUCGUGAGCGAAUUCGGUGGUAGCUUUUGGGUUGACGACAUGGCAGGUUUUUCUCUACCCCCGUUGGACCUGGACCCUUUGCCUCCAGGAUUAUUCAGUCCAUGCUCAGGAACAUACAACUGGGGCUGCUCACGUAGUGAAUGCGUGCCAAGGACGAACAAUGGCGCGAAUGGCGAGGGCGUUGCCGAUGUUCUUUUAUCCCUGAAGCAUGCGGUAGUACAUCCCGCAAGUCCGACGGCUGGCUACUAUACUACUGGCGCCGGUUCCGCCGCAGCUCAUCAUUACUCGCAGGACUAUGUGCAAAAUCUAGGCCCGUCGGUUCCAGGUCCAAGUCACUACGGUUCUGCAUCCGCCGCCAUGUCUGUCAAUGUGUCGAUGAACAUGACUAUGAACAUGAAUAUGCAUUCUGGCUACGAACAAAGUUAUUCGUCAGCGUGGGGCGUGGAACCUCUUCUAAGUCCCGCCCCUCAGUACAGCAAUCCGGUGGAGGUGGCGGCGCAAACGACGGCGAGGGUGAAUCAAGGCGCGCCGGCCAAUAGCGGUCUGAUCGGUCAUCCCCAUUCCCACCCCCAGUCACAUCACAGUGGUGCCCGAGUACAACUCGGGAGUGAACACACAAUUUGUGUAAAUACCACAGGUCCAGCCGCGGGCGGCAUCACUCUCGAAGAUAAUGGCAGACCCAAUCUGUGCAGAAUUUGCGGCAAAUCAUAUGCCAGACCUAGUACUCUCAAAACUCACCUGCGCACCCAUUCUGGAGAGAAGCCAUUCAGGUGUCAUGCGUGCUCGAAGGCAUUUAGUCAAGCGGCGAAUCUAACCGCGCAUGCGAGAACGCAUUCUGGCGAAAAACCUUUCCGAUGUCCAGUGUGUGAUAGAAGAUUUUCACAAAGCAGCUCAGUAACCACGCAUAUGAGGACGCACUCGGGUGAACGGCCCUACAGGUGUCGAUUCUGCAAGAAAGCAUUCUCCGACAGCUCGACACUUACCAAGCACCUGCGUAUACACUCCGGUGAGAAACCAUAUCAGUGUAAACUGUGUCUGCUUAGAUUCAGUCAAAGUGGUAAUCUCAAUAGGCACAUGAGAGUCCACGGCGGUUCCUUGACGUGACACAAUCCUUCUGCACCAGUACAAUCUGCGAUGAUGAUAAUUGACGACAGUAGUGCUGCACAUUCAUUGUCCAGAUGCUGUCGAAUACCUGUGAUUCGAUUAGGAACAAACUCGCCGGAAAAAUAAAACGCAGAA